CGAGCCGGGGAGCCGAGCCAGCCGAGUCGUGCGGGCUGUGGCAGGGAAGGGGCCACCACCAUGGGAUGUACUCUGAGCGCAGAGGAGAGAGCCGCCCUCGAGCGGAGCAAGGCGAUUGAGAAAAACCUCAAAGAGGAUGGCAUCAGCGCCGCCAAAGACGUGAAAUUACUCCUGCUGGGGGCUGGAGAAUCAGGAAAAAGCACCAUUGUGAAGCAGAUGAAGAUCAUCCAUGAGGAUGGCUUCUCUGGAGAAGACGUGAAGCAGUACAAGCCUGUGGUCUACAGCAACACCAUCCAAUCUCUGGCAGCCAUUGUCCGGGCCAUGGACACUUUGGGCAUCGAAUAUGGUGACAAAGAGAAAAAGGCUGAUGCCAAGAUGGUGUGUGAUGUGGUGAGUCGCAUGGAAGAUACAGAGCCCUUCUCUGCCGAGCUGCUUUCUGCCAUGAUGCGACUCUGGGGUGACUCAGGGAUCCAAGAGUGCUUCAACCGGUCUCGGGAAUAUCAGCUCAACGAUUCUGCCAAAUACUACCUGGACAGCCUGGAUCGGAUUGGGGCCGCUGACUACCAGCCCACCGAGCAGGACAUCCUCCGAACCAGGGUCAAAACCACUGGCAUCGUAGAAACCCACUUCACAUUCAAGAACCUCCACUUCAGGCUGUUUGACGUCGGGGGCCAGCGAUCUGAACGCAAGAAGUGGAUCCACUGCUUUGAGGACGUCACGGCCAUCAUCUUCUGCGUCGCACUCAGCGGCUAUGACCAGGUGCUCCACGAAGACGAAACCACGAAUCGCAUGCAUGAAUCCCUGAAGCUCUUUGACAGCAUCUGCAACAACAAGUGGUUCACAGAUACAUCCAUUAUCCUGUUCCUUAAUAAGAAGGACAUAUUUGAAGAGAAGAUCAAGAAGUCCCCACUGACCAUCUGCUUUCCUGAAUACACAGGUCCUAGUGCCUUCACGGAAGCCGUGGCUUACAUCCAGGCCCAAUACGAGAGCAAGAACAAGUCAUCCCACAAGGAGAUCUACACCCACGUCACCUGUGCCACGGACACCAACAAUAUCCAGUUUGUCUUUGACGCUGUGACGGACGUCAUCAUUGCCAAAAAUCUUCGGGGCUGUGGACUCUACUGAGCCCCGGCCUCCUGCCCACAUACCCAUGCCCUACCCAGACCCCACCCACUCUUCCCCUGGAACCAGAGCUCUGCCACUUCUCAGACUGCUUUUUGCACUGAGGAAGAGGAUCCAAGAGGCUGGCACCAGGGGGGAGGAGGGAGCACCCUUCAUGCACCCCCACUUCUACCCCUCCAACAGCUGGAUGGGUGGUAACAGAGCUGAGCAGGGGUGCUGAGCACUGUGCCAUGCACCACAAAGCAGGAGACCAUCUCCUACCAUCUGGGUGCCCCUCACAGCCAUUGCUUUGUAUCUUAGUGUUUUGUUCAGAGGCUGGGGUGCAGGAGUGGACAAAGUUGCCUUUUAAUCCAGAAUGGGCAUGUCCUGCACUCCGUGGCUCUUAGAGAAGUCCUGAGGUCUCCUGUCAUCUGGGUGUACGGUGUCAGGACGGCCCUGCAGCAGGGUAUAGGCAGGGUGGGGACAGUAGAUGUCAUCCUUCAGCUUUGCCUAGCACCUGUCUGGUUGAGGGCUGCUCCGUCACCAAAAGCCAGGGUGGGACAAGGCCAACAUUGUUGGGGCUCGGGCCUUGGCAAGGAUCUCCUACCUCCUCUGUUCAUCCUCCCCUACCUUUGGCCCCAUUUCUGACUUCUCCAGGCCUGGAAUGCUCUGAGAAUGACUGGCUGCAAAGAUGGGUGGCUAGAGUCCAGUCCUGCACCAGGUAGAGUUAGGGAAGAAGAGGGCCACUCUGGGGAGGGAACCAGAGGCAGCAGCACAGGGCUGCUUGGCACAGCUGCUCCAGGUGUGAGUGAACAUACUUUUCCUUCUUGAAGUCAAUGGUGAGUCCAUCUGAAACUAGCAGGAUGGGCAGAGGCCUUUGGGCUGAGGGUCCUGAAAGUAGGAGGCCAAGGGGAGGUGCGGGCCAUUCCCUGCAGCCAGUGUCCCCACUUCACUCCAACUUGGUCAAGAAGUCAGGAGGCCCCCAUUGUCUUCCCAGCCUCCAGGGGCAGAGGAAGACAAGCAGGGGGAACCAGUGCCCUGGAGUGCAAGCUCUGAGGGGCCAGCCCCACUCGGACAUGCAACUUGCCCCUGGGGGAGGGUCCUAGGACCCCUUGGAAGAGUUUUGCCGCAGAAGUCCCUGAGUGGAGAGAGGUGAGUGGCUUCUGGUGACUCUGACCCUGGCUGGCCUUAGGCAGUCAACACAUCUCCCUCUCACUCCCAGGCGCCUCCAGUGGCUUGAUGCCAUGGCAAAUAGCCCAGGCAGAUGUGCCACAAAACAGGAGAGGGCUGUCUCCUGAGAGUCCUCUGCUUCCCUCCUCAAGCCCCAUGUUCUCCUGGUCUCUACUCUAAACAUGGCUCUGUCCCAAGACAGGCAGGACCCCUGGGCUCUCACAUGCAGCCUCUUGGCCUGCCCAGGAACCAGGAAGAGCCCCAUGCCAGCAGCUCUGGGCUUGUUGGUUCCAACAGGCACAGAGCUCUGGGUGGUGCGGUAGAUCCAGGGUCCUUCUGUAGUGGCAAAUGCCUUCCCCUGGGGUUGCCCUUCCUUGCUGUGUCUUGCAGUUGCCUCCGGCAGCCAGUCUCUUGAACCAGCUCAUCAGCCCAGCCCACAUCUAUUUGUUCACCUCCAUCAUUUUCUGAACCUUGUACCAGGUGCUGGCACGUGGCAGAGGACAGGCCCUUGGAGCCAGUUGUGUCAGUGUCCUGCCAUGAGAGGCUAAGGUCUAUUUAAUAUUCUGCCCAACACUGAAGUCACUCUGGGUAAGGCCAGCUGUGCCCCUAGUUCUGCACUGUACUCUGAGCCCAGAUUCAGAAAUACCUGAAGAGAGAGAGGUUGGCAAACCCUAUCUCUAAAGCCAUUGCCCCUGAGGUGGAAGUCAUGGAUCUGUCACUGGACCUGGGCUCUUUAUCUCCCUCAGUGGCCAGAGCUCCAGGCUAGAGCCAGGACCCUGGAUCCAUUCCUCCCCCUCUGUAGGACUGGGGGGCAGGUGCUCCUGCCUUUUCCCAGGCUGCCUUUUUCUUCUCUCAGAUGUUCUGUCUUGCUCAGUUGUCUUGCACUGCUUUCAACUGGUUGUCCCACCCCAGCCUGCCAAGGGAGGGGCCUUUGGCUGUCUAGUGUAGCCCUCAAAGAGAGCAGAUCCAGGGAAGAUUCCCUGGGCACCACGACUCCCGGCCGUGUUGUCACCAUUGCCUCUGCCAUGGGGUGGAGGGGAAGCACCUGGAGGUGAUGUGAGUUUUGGCUCCGUCGUGGAUAUGGAUGUGGGGGAACUGUUGCGAGUGACCAGACAAGGGUGGAUCACUUAUCCACAGUGGCCCUGGGUGUGUCCCCAAAGGGGCUGUGCUAAACUCUGAAUGGCUAUAAUUUAGUAGGCCAAGAGGAAGCUGAUUUUUAAGGUUACCUUUGCUAAACUGGUGAAAAUGUGCCUAUCACUUAGAUGCCUAUGAGCAAGCUCUGUGUCCUUCCCGGUAGCAGUCCCAAGAACCAGGUCUCUGCCUUCUCUCUGACAGAGGCCUCCAAGACUCCCUCCCUGAGUGGGGCUGGGGGUACCUUAGGCCCAAAGUCUCUGGCCUGAGGAUCCUGUGUCCUUACCAGUAGCUCUGGCCUUCUGGGUCCCAUGACUACCCAAUGCCCUGUAUUUUUCUGUCCCCACUGGCCUGGCUAAGCCCAAGCAGACCUCCACCGUGUCCAGUGUCAGGAGGCAACUCUGCCUCCCAGCCACUGCCCCCCCAGCCCAGCCCCACACUCUACUGUGGGAACUGGAGCCACCCCUGCCCACAUGGACUGGGGCAGAAGGCAGCCUCACACCUCCCCAGCUCUAUAACCAGGCUGUCUGCAAAGCCCAGCAGGGAGGGCUCUGGCAUUGCCUCAUUAAUCCCUUCCCUACCACCAGCAGGAUUACAUCACAGCUCCCGAAAUACAUCGUACUGUUGGUAUCCCAGUGGCAGACUUCUUUCUGGCCACCCUGUAUCUACCUGCCCACCUUUUUACCACCUGACCUAGUGUACCCUUAAACCUCCCUGACAUGUGAUCCAAACCAGGAGGGUGUCAUAAGGAGCCCCACCUCUUUCCUCCAGACCCAGUAGCAGCUGCCCACCCCCUAUUGAGCUUCUCUGGCUGCCUGUACUUAUCUCUGACCCUUCUGAGAGCCUCUAGGCAGCUCUCAGGAGCCAACAGCUGAGGGUCCAACAAAGGUUUGAUCUGAGCUGCUGACAGUUUCCCCUGUCAGGCCACAGGUGGGAGAGUGAAGGGUCCCAGCAGCCCAGAGAACAGGAUGAGGGUGUGAGCCAUGGCCCUGGGGUCUGUGGCACAGCUCCCUAUUCUCCAAUCCCUCAGUGGGGAGAGUUUUGAAUUUAAUUUACCCUCCAAGAAUGUGGGGCUGGGGCCUCCAGACAGACCCCACCCCAACCAGAUGGAAGCCCUGUCAAGGAAGAGGUAGGCAGGGGCAACAGCAGAAAGACUGGCUCCCAAUCCAAAAUCCUGAGCCCUCUCAGGAGGAGCUCCCCUUGAAGAGCCACUCCCAUCCCCAGUUCCUGUGUAUCAAGAUCAGCAGCAGCGUGUGAACCCAUGUCCUUCACCCAGUUCCCACACCCCAUUCCUGAGGCCCCAUAUCUGCCCACCAUGCUUGCCCUCCCUGCUGGCUCCCACCUUAGCAGAACCUUCCUAGGUGCAGUGGUCCCACCUCCCAACCCACCACCACCAUCCAACCCAUAUUAACUGUAAUUUUGCAAGAAGAGUGACUUGUUGGUUUAAUAAAUCUCUAGUUAUUGUAAUAAUUUAUUGGCUGCCAUAAUGUAUUUAUUAGUCACCUAUCAUUAAUAAAAAGUGCCAGCUCUU